AUGAUAACAAUCCAGUCAAACGCCGCCGCAGGAUCAGACUGGCCUGUCAAGCGUGUCGAGAUGGUAAGAUCCGAUGCGACGGAGGAACCCCAGUAUGCGAUACACGCCGGCGCAAAAAGAAUCGAUCUUAGUCUUUGCGUUUAUCCUGCCGUUUAUCCUGCGGCUGAAGGGAACUUGAAUUUCUCUACUGUGACCUUCGCGACAUCCGCUGAGAAAGUCCCAUUUACGCCGACCGGUCCUGCUGUGCAAGAACAACAAAAAGGGAACCAAGCAAGACAAGAGGCAAGUAGAGCCCUCAAUGGUACCUCUUCAUGGGCUGCAGAACCGUACGAAGAUAUUAGCCCUGGCAUUGUCGGUAGCGCGAGCAGCAUCGAUUUCGUGGAGAACCCGUUGCAAGGUGCUUCGAAUCUAGGCGUUGAUGUUAUAGGCCUUUUACCAACCGUCUAUGAUGCGAGAGUACCCAUUGGUACAGCUCGAAACACACAAAGUUAUCUGGCAAUAUAA